AUGAAAGGAGGAAAGAAUGGUGCUACUCGUACCGUUUCGCUUGUCAAAGCACCCCGUUUCUACCCCACUGAGACUGCUUGUCUCCCAAAAAAGUCUUGCAAGACUAAGAUCACUCCCCGUGCACCUGCCACUCGUUCCUCCAUCACUCCUGGUACUGUGCUCAUUCUUCUUGCAGGUCGUUUCCGUGGAAAGCAUGUUGUUUACCUCAAGACUCUUGAAUCUGGACUUUUGCUCGUGACUGGUCCAUACAAGAUCAAUGGUAUCCCCAUUCGUCGUGUCAAUCAGGCUUAUGUUAUUGCCACAUCUACAAAGAUUGACAUGUCUAAAGUGUCUAUUGAUGACAAGUUCACUGAUGCCUACUUCAAGUAUGAAAAGGAACCCAAGAAGAAGGCCACUGCCGCCGAACUUUUUGGCGAGGAUGCAGUCAAGAGGGUGAUUAAUGCCGAGCGUGUUACUGACCAAACGACUGUUGAUACUCAGUUGCUCUCUGCCAUCAAAAAGACUCCUAUGCUCCAGAGCUAUCUUAAAUCAUCGUUUACUUUGACAAAGGGACAAUACCCUCAUGCCAUGAAAUUUUGAUUAGAUUUCAUUUUGUAUUGCUGCUUGAGGGAUAUUUGAUUCAAAGUAAUAACAAAACCUUGCCCACACAUGAGUUGAUGUC